CCGUGCAGAAAUAGCGACCACUAUCGGUUGCCUAGGCUAUGCAUAACCAACCUUCGCCAAUAUAGGUCAGCUAGCUAGUUAUGAAGCUAGCUAGCUAGCGGCUAGUUCAAUGUUGUGUUUACACGUGUUUCGUGGUUUCGCGAGCAAAGCUAGGCUACACAUACGAGACACAGUACAAGUCAUUCCAACCUUACCAAUUUCUCUUCUUCUUUUCGUCUUCUCGAUGCCUCCGUCCAGAAUAUGUGUGAGUUUCUCCACGUCAAAUGUAGCGUUCUCACGCUCUCUGGUUAUGUCAGGAUUCAUGGCGAAAUAAAUGAUAUUUUCCCUUGCAAAAGACGACGUUGCGUGUGGCGAUAAAAUGUGAGUUGUGUAAUCUUAGGACUGCACGAACCAAGAUCUGCAGUGCAAUAACCGGAGCCUGAAUAAUAAUCGACGACUUCCUGAAUUGGCUAGGAAGGGGGCGCGUUAAAAAAACAUCACGUUAUGUGACGUUGUGAAACAUUACUGCCUUGAACUGACAAAACAGCCAUCUGGCAUCUUUAUGGUAUUUUGUCUAUUUUACCCUUUGAUAACUUAUUGAGAAGAUGCUUCCAGCACCUGCAGUCUUUCAUUUCCUUUGGGAAGUCAACUCUGGUGCAGUCAAGGAGGGAGAUUCAGUGAGAACAUUUGGAAGAUUAGUGAGUUACCAACCAGAGGAAUCGAAGGCUACACUGUCUAUCCAGCAUGCAGCAAGACAGCACCAAGUUGUUGUUCAGACUACAUUUGUUGAACCCUUUGACCCCAUCAUUGGAGCCCAGUACAUGGUUCUGGGCGAGAUUGAAAAAGCAGAGGGAGGUGAUGGUGUGAUGGUCCAAGCCCGCGUGCUGAACUGUGUGGAUGGGGUGAACCUAGCCCUGCUGCAGAGAGGUGUCAAUGAACAGAGGAGCUACUUCAGAGAGAGGGGGGAGAGCAAGGGAGAUGCUGCUACUGCUGCUCAGCCACGUGCUCCUCUCUGAUCUGGACCCAAAUAAGAAUGAAUCUGUCACAACUGCUGCACUGAUACAGUGCUACUGGUGUAAAGUUAUGAUCCAGGUUGAAUUGAAUGUUCUUUUGUACAUAUUGUAAUGUUUAUAUGACCUGAUUUAUACCUCGGAUGGAUUGUGUCAAAAGGUCAUAUUUUAUUAUGGUUGGGACAUUUUCCCCAAAUAGCCGAUUACAUGGACAUGUCAAAGAUUGAGACUGUGCCUCUAGCUAAUUUAGAAUGGCGAAGGGUGGAAUUAUACUAUAAAAAGACUUCUGAGGAAAUCCUGAUUGAGACAUAAAAGAUGCUUGUUCUGGUGCACUGUGAAGUCCUGCCUUUAUUUGUCAUACGAUAUCAAUUCUGGAAGUCACCCUCUUCCUGCUGACAGUUAGGCAGGUUCACUGAAUGUUGGGGUCAGGUGUAUAAAGUAGAUCAAGAAAAUGCAUACUUACAAUAAGAAUGUAUCUAAGAUAAGAGGGAAUGUUUGAUGUGGCCAUUUAUGCAAUGGUUACAUUUUGUGAAUGAAAACCGAUAUGUAGUUUGGAAAUGUAUCUUUGUGAGAAACAUAAAUGAUUGAUUUGAUAUUAGAUGUAUUUGUGCAUGAGGUGUGUGUUAUCAUGUUGCUUUGUUUUUUUUUCUGGUAGUUAAUUCUUCUAUUGUGUUGGAAAUGAAGAACAUGUUGACAAUCUCAUCUUUAAUAAUUAUUUUCUUGAUACAGUAUCAAGGUUGCAUUUAAAAGGAUCAGUGUCAGGAAAAUGAGACAUAAGACUAAUAAGAAAUAGACAAACGAAACCUAGUCAAUAACAUUGCACCAUGUCCCAUCAUCUCUAGUAAAACAAUAAUAUCAAGGAUAACAAAAACACUCCUUUGUGUCCUUUUGUAAAGUAGAUUUUGCUAUCUCCAAACAAAUUUGGUAAACAAAAGCAACUCAGCAGCAACAAUCAUGACCUUAGUGAGCUAUGCAGUAUUUUCAGCCUAAAUUAAAUUAUACAUUCUGGGUAGUAUUGAUAUUUAUGUCUAUACAAUAUCAUUUGACUUCAUAUUAUUCACCGUAGAGACAACAGUACCCUCCAAGCGCACUUAACAGGUCUAUUAUCUGGAAGAAAAUCGCUGAGAGUUGUAUGUGGGGGUGUAGCUGCUGCCAGACACUUUGGAGGAAGCAGGUAGCAUCAGUAGGCCAGACUGAGGAUCUGUCUUGCAGCGGGCCAUUGCUUGCUUGUAGUUGAUUUUAUCCUUUGUUGUGGGGUCAACAAUUUCCUUGGCGUAGUUGUACUCGUCCUGAAGCUCUCUCAUCAUGGUGCUGUCAAUCAUUUUGGCUCCAAUGGCCUCCUGUAUGCCCACACGGUCCGUGUUGUUGGGAUUUACCAGCCCUCCCGUCAGGUGUUGCACCUCCAUGUAACGCAGGGCAGUUUCUUUGGGCAUCCAACCUUUCAGGACGGCCUCUCCCACCGACAGGCGUUCUCUGGUCAUGGGGUCCUCCACGCCAGUGUAGGCUUUCUGGGCGUUGAGUAGCCGCUGCAGUUGGCUCGAAUCGAUGAGUCCCCUCUCGGCUGCUUUGUGGACCGAGUAUCUCUCCAUGUUGCUGAUGUCAACGAUGCCCCCUGUAGCAGCCUGUGCUUCCAACAGCUUUUGUGCUGUGCCGCUUUCGAUCAGCUUGCGGGCCACUGCACUGCGUAUGGAGAGGCAUGUGUCAGAGUUUGUGUCAAUUACACCAGCGAUAGGAUAUCUUUCCUUCGGGGCAGGAACAGGGGCACUGCUGGUAGGGGACGACUUUAGCGAGGAUGCUGGCUUUGAUGUGAUUGAGUUGAACUUGGGCUGUUUUUCUUUUUCACCUGCGACAAGGAGGGCAAACUCUGAAAUAGGCAUUUUCCCAUCCUUGUAUUUUUGCAGAUCAUACUGGGUCAGUUUUCCAUCUCUCAAGGCAUUUUUGAUAGAGUACUGCUUGCCGCUCUUGCGAUCCUGCAGCACAGAGGUCUCCCCAUCAGGUCCCAUGGAAGUUAUUUCCUCCCAAUCGCACUCCAGCUCUUGCAGAUGCAUGUACUGGGUACGGUCAAUCAGUCCCUGCAGGUAGGCUUCAUAUGGCGAUAGUUCAUUGCCAGUAUCAGGGUCCAAGAUGGUGAUUUUAGUGGAGACAUUGGUCUCCUUUGUCCGGGUCUCUGCAUGGUCUUCCUUCUCCUUGUCCCUUUGGAGUUCCCUGAUGGUGUUGUCUUUCUGGUGGAUCGUGUCUUUCUCGUCCAGUAUCUCCCUCUCCAGACGCUGCACGUCAGACUCCAUCUUGACGCUCUUUUGCCUGUUGAUCUGGCUUCUCUCGCUCAUCAGCUUGGUCUGCUGCUGGAACGAUACGCUGAUGUCUUGCCUCUCAGACUCCAACUUCUUCAGCUCCUGGGUGAGGUUGUCUUUCUCCCUCUGCAAGGUGUCCCUGGCCAGAAUGAGACUCGUCUCUUCCCGGGAAGUGCUUGACUGAGUGCCAUUCAGUCGGUUGAGUUUAUCAGAGAGUUGUUUGAUUUUUUCCUCCAGGUCUUGCCUGGCAUGUUUCUCCUGAGACACCAGGCCCUUCAGGCGGUAUCUCUCUGCUUCUACAGCCUGGUCUUUCUCCACCCGGAUAACCUCUUUGUACACCGUCUUCUCUACGGCCUUUUCUCGCUGAAGGAGCUCAAGCUUGACAUUGGUGUUCCUGAUGUUUCUCUGAAUAUUCAGGACGUCAUUGGUUUCCUUGUCCAUGUCUGAGCGAAGACCGUUGGUCAUCCUCUCCAGUCUGGGGUCUCUCUCAACUUUCAGGACCUCCUCGACAACAAUACUCUCCUCGACGGGUGGCGGGGCAUUCUCAAGCUCUUUGAUGCGCAGUUUGAUCUGUUUCAGUUCAGACUCCACUUUAAUCUUCGUCUGAUGUUCAUCACUCUGCUUUAGGAUGUUCUCCUUCUCCUCCACUAAGGUUUUAAGUUUUUGCAUCUCAAGCUCUAGCUGCCGGCGGGACUUAACCUCCUCAUCCAGGCUCCUGCCAAGCUUAUCAUGCUCAACUAUCUGCUUGGGGUCCUUCUGUAGACGCACCACCUCCUGCACCACCACUUUUUCCUCUGGUUUUUGUCUCUCCAGCUGGAUGUACUUGUUUUGCAGGUCGAACACCAUCUCCUCAAUGGUACGGCGACGCUGUUGCUCUUCGCGUACCUCCUUUCUCAGCCGAUCUGCCUCCUUCUCCAAGAGCGGAUCAUCCUCAUACUUGAAGAUAUCUUUGGUCAUAAUCUUUGUCUCCACCUUGGAUUUUUCUGCUUUCCACUCGUCCCUCUCUUUCCUCAGGAGGUUAAUCUGGUCCUCUACAUUAUUGUAAGUACGGUGCAGAUGGUUCACCUGAUCAUUGAGCCUCUGUAUCUCUCUUUCAUUCUCAGGGCUCCUCUCCUCUUUCACCACGUCUUGGAUGACUUCCUUCAGCUCCACCUUUGGCUUCUUGGAACGCAGGGCUUCCAGAUCGACCAUGACCAAAGUGAUCUGGUCCUGUAAGUCAGAACGCUGCUUGUUGAAGUCUUGAACAUCUUUCUUCAGACGCAUUAUCUCCAACUCUGUUUGUGGAUCUAUGCGGUAGAUCUCAUUGACGGUUUCCCUGAGUUCGACCUUGGGCUUCCACUGCCCCACCUCGCUAUACCGAUUUUUGAGCUGAGAGACCUCCUUGACCAGAGAGUCCGUCUCAAUUUUCUCUCCCUCUAGGCCUGAUCGAAUCCUCUUGGAUUCAUUGAUUAGCUCAGGGUCCUGUUCGACUUUCUUCACCUCCCUAGUGACCACCUUGGGCUGAAUGGUGGGAAUGAUCCUCUCCAAUGCAUUGAUCUGGCUCCUCGUUUGGAAGAUCUCAUCAUUCAGAGUCUUGCUCUUGUGACCUUCAUCUGCAAUUUCCUUCUCAAAUGUUUUAACAGCCUUGAGCAUCUCUGGAUCCUUCUCCAAUCGAAUCACCUCCUUUUUCAUGAUCUUCUCCCUGAUGUUGGGUCUUGUAGCAUUCAGGAUGGUGACCUCUGUCUUCUGUUGAAUGACUUCUCCCUCUUUUACUCGAACCUCAUUCUUUAUCUUGCCGAUCUCGUCUUUUAACUUGGAGGCUUCUACAUCCAACUUAGGAUCUCUCUCAAACUCAGUCACCUCUCUAGUCACCAGUUUGGGCUUGAUGCACUUGAGGUCAUCCUCAAAAUUGGCGAUUUUGAUUUUCACACCCUCAAGCUCACCCUGGGUACGGCUGCGCUUCAAGGCCUCUUUGUGGAUUUGGUCCUCUAGAUCUUUUAGGUUGGUUUCCAGUUUCGGGUCGCGGUAGUACUCGAGCACCUCCUUCUCCUCAACUCGAUGCAUCCCUUUACGGCUCUUCAGAGACAGCAUCCUGGUUUUGAAAGUAGCCACGUCAGUCUCAGCACGGCUGCGUCUAUCGCUCUCCACACUCAACUCUCGCUGCAGGCUCUUUAUGUUUAUGAUUGGUUUUAUGGUUGGUUCUAUUGAUUGUUUCUCAUGUUUCUACAAAAAGUAAACAACCAAAAAAUACUUCAACAUUUUCAUCAUUUUGUGUCCGAAACACAUUCAAUUGAUCAAAACUGGCAGUGGGAAAGAAGUUAUGUUUAGCUAGAUUUUCCAACUCACCUGAGCGAUGAGGUUCUUAGCAAAGCCCAUCUGAUUGAGCAGCUGGUCAUUCUCAGCUGACGUUUUAGCAUAGUGGUUCACCACAGCCUUUUCCUGUAAUGUACAAAGAAGCACAGCCAUCCUUCAGCUCACAGUGCUCAAGAAAACAUGCAGGCAAACAUGACGCGCCCUAUGUUGGAUCUGCAUAGAAGUGGAUGAACAUGAAUGUCAUUUGUGUCUAUUGACUUUCAUUCCUUACGUAUUACCUGGUUCUGCACAGAAUCGGCAAGGGUGGAGGUGUGACGCCUUUUGGAAUCGUUGGCUCCCACGUUGUCGAGGGCGCUGCUGUAUUUGUCAGUGUUGACCUCAUAUUCCUGCACAAGAAGUUGAAAUUAAGAUUUUAUUAUUCAAUAUCCAAAUAUUUAAAUAUCUGUUGCACAAAUAAACGGUUAAUCAUGAUGGAGUAGGAUAAUGAGUCUUACAUUGAGGAUAUUCUGCAAAUCUUGGGAAAGGUCAACCACUCUAUCCAGGUCGUCUCCCUUGUUCUUGAUGUCGUCCACCACCCUCUGAAUUAGAAAUGACCAAAUUUAAACUUGAUUGCAAAAUAUAUGUCUUACAAUGAUAUUUUAAGAAUAUCUCCAACAAUUUCAAACCUUCUUGACACACAACACAAACAGACAGACCUUCUGGGAGGUCUGCUUGGAGUUGACCUGUGAUAGGUCAUCGCUGGGGCUGAUCUUGUUGUCAGGCAGAUUUUUCAGGAAGGAGUUCAGAGAUUUGCUUGAGUCCUGGAAUUCCUGGUUCUUGCCUGCAGCCUCUUGCAAGAGGCCCUCUCUGAGACAGAAAAACGCAAUGAAAAACACUUUCACGAUGACAAACUGAAAACAAUUAUUCUAUUCAUCUGACGUUUGAGCAAACGAAUGGACUAUUUUUGAUACCAUAUAUUUGCAGACAUGGUGUGUGUGGUCAACGUUAGCUGACAGGCAAGUGGCCCUGGGCUCACCUCUCCUUCAGCUGGUUGUUGAUGUUAGAGUAGCGGUUCUGUAGUUGUUUGACCUGGGUCCCCUGGCGAUGGAUGUCUGGGCAGUACUCCUGGUAGCCCUGCUGCAGGGAACUACACAGCUGCUCGCUGGUCUCCAGCUCCUGGCCCAGCUUUUUCAGUUCACUCUGAGAGCCCGCCACAUCCUUACGCAGACUCUGUAGAGAACAGAUACGAGAAAUGUGUCCUGGUGCUGUGCUUUUAGCUAAAUUAGAAGGGGUGACUGAAAUGUGUCCUGGUGCUGUGCUUUUUGCUAAAUUAGAAGGGGUGACUGAAAUGUGUCCUGGUGCUGUGCUUUUAGCUAAAUUAGAAGGGGUGACUGAAAUGUAUCCUGGUGCUGUGAUUUUAGCUAAAUUAGAAGGGGUGACUGAAAUGUGUCCUGGUGCUGUGCUUUUUGCUAAAUUAGAAGGGGUGACUGAAAUGUGUCCUGGUGCUGUGCUUUUAGCUACAUUAGAAGGGGUGACUGAAAUGUGUCCUGGUGCUGUGCUUUUAGCUAAAUUAGAAGGGGUGACUGAAAUGUGUCCUGGUGCUGUGCUUUUAGCUAAAUUUGAAGGGGUGACUGAAAUGUGCAGUCAAAUGAUAUACAGUCCUUUAUUACUUCAAGUCAAUCACUAGGGUAUUCUCUGGUCCAAUUUGUUCAGGGAUACUGUAGAAUCUAUUUGGUUCUCUUAAGACUGUUGAUGUGUGUCCAAAAUGGCACACUAAUCCAAGGCAGUGUAGACAAUGGUCCUGGUCAAAAGUAGUUCACUAUAUAGGGAAUGGGGUGCACUGGUAAUUGUCCCGCCCACCUGGAUCUCCUGGGUGCGGUCCUGAAUAGCAUUGGGGACAUCUGGGAUAGGGCCAUCCUUAUUCAGCUUUUCCUCAAAGCCAGAGACGAUGCCAUCCACUUUCUUGAUCUGCUUCUCCAGGUUCAGAGAUGCAUUGGCCCUAUAGAAUAAGUGGCAAAAAAAUAA